AUGGCUAUGUCGGUCAAUUUUCUAGUCUCUUCCGUGAUUCCGUUAUGGUACAUGACAGCUCGACACACCUAUACGGCUUCUCUUAUAGCAGUGCCAUAUUUGCUGGCGGGUGUCCUGCUAUUUAUCAAUUAUCUGCUGAUAUGGGGUGAUCUAUCACCCACGUCUGCACUUUGUAUCGCUGCAAAUGGAGCUUCUCAUCCAAUCAUUUACGGUAUCAUGCUAGGGAUACGGUUGAUCGUGAACAUUGGCAGUGCUAUAGUUUACUUGGCUAUUGUCAUCUACCUGAGUAAGAGUCAUGGUCGAUCGCUUCAGAGCCUUUCGGCGUAUCAAAAGAAAAGCCAUCGAAAUGCUAAAAUAACCCUUGGUAAGUGCUGCUUAUUUGAUUCGGACCAAAAAUUGUACACAUCAGAUCCUCUUGGGAAACACUUA